GUGGAGAGUCUGAGUGGGAGUUUAUACAGACUGAAGCGGCAGCGCGAGGAGAUUUAAAACCCUUACUGUUUAUUUCAUUUUUGAGGCUGGAAUUUUAAUAUGAGAGAAAUUCCUUCACAUUCUUCUUUCUAACAGAGCGGAGAAGAAUUUAUUUAUUUAUUCACUUGCCUAUUUAUUUACGUUUAUUUGUUUAUAUAUUUACUUAUUAUUAUGUUUUUUCUGGACACUGGCAACUGGAAUAUGUGAAAACUCGCUUACUACCUAACUAACAACUUUCUCCGAAAGACAGAACGAGCCGUGUUUAUCUAUCUGUUCUGAGAGAGAAAAAUAGAAGACAGGACACACACCGGACGAUGUGGAGUCUGAGACCGAAUAAGAGGAGUGUGUGUGUGGGUGUGUGUGAGCUGUCUGAAGUUGAAGUGAGCCGCCGGUACUAGCAUGGCCUCCCCCCGGUCCUCCUCCUCCUCUUUAGCGGGAUGGCGAGCGCUCACAGCCCCGCGCCGGACCUGAGGAGACUCGCUCAGAAAGUUGUUGCGAUGCUGUGCGUCGGGCUGGCCUGCGCCUGCCUGCUGCACCUGAUAGCGGGGCGCUGCGAGGCGGGAGCCGGGGAGAGAGCCCUGCCGCUCAGGAGGACGGGGCUCCAGGACAGAAACAGCAGCAGCAGCGCGGCGGAGGAGGAGGAGAGAGCGGAGGCUGGGGUCAGUGAGAUCAGCUCGGGCAGGGAGUGGACGGCCAGCCGCAGACUCCCCCACGCUCUGAUCGUGGGAGUGAAAAAGGGAGGAACCAGAGCGCUGCUGGAGUUCCUCAGACUGCACCCGGACAUCCGAGCCCUGGGCUCAGAACCGCACUUCUUUGACAGACACUACGGCCGAGGACUCACCUGGUACAGGAGCAUGAUGCCCAAAGCCCUGGAUGGACAGAUAGUGAUGGAGAAGACGCCACGAUACUUUGUGACUCCAGAGACUCCGGCACGCAUCCAUGCCAUGUCCCGAGACGUGAAGCUGAUUGUGGUGGUGCGGGAUCCUAUCACCCGGGCCAUCUCUGACUACACACAGAUUGUCUCAAAGACGCCAGGCGUGCCCAGUUUUGAGAGCCUGACCUUUAAGAACCGAACAACGGGCCAGAUCGACUCUCUCUGGAGCCCUCUGUAUAUCGGCCUGUACGCCAGGCACCUAGAGCGCUGGCUGGCCUACUUCCCUCUCUCGCAGAUCCAUUUUGUCCACGGUGAGCGGCUCAUCAGUGACCCGGCCGGAGAGCUGGGCCGCGUGCAGGACUUCUUGGGCCUCCAGCGCAUCGUCACGGACAAGCACUUCUAUUUUAACAAGACUAAGGGCUUCCCUUGCCUCAAGAAGCCCGAGGGCAGUAGCAAACCCCACUGCCUGGGCAAGACCAAAGGCCGGACCCACGUCCGCGUCGACCCUGAUGUCAUUCAGAAACUGAGAGAGUUCUACCACCCCCAUAAUCUGAAGUUCUACCAAAUGGCUGGCAUGGACUUUGGAUGGCAAUAAAGAAUGUUUCCUUUUCUUUACUGAAAUCAGGAAAACUGGGAAAAAGAAACUCCAAAAAUCCAUCUCGCUCAUGCUAGGCCGGACUGCAGACGGCACUAACUCUUAAUGGGCACUGGUGUGCCUGCUCUACUGAGUAAAUAUUUGAUGCAGUUAGUUAUCUUUAGUGCUUUUAAAGUACAUUGUCUCAUCUACGAUUUGAGGCAUUGUCGUGAUUACAACAAUAGAGAGACUAUUAGCAUUUAGGAAAUGAGUGCUAUUGGCCAUCACCGAGUGAUUUACAGGGAGAGGAUGAAUAUGAUAAAGCUAAAUAUGACACACUCUGAUCAAGAGUGAAGGAUGAAGUCAUCAAAUUUGCAUUUGUUGACUUUCAAACAAAGACAUUUUAUCCAUCAGCUGAAUGCAAUUCUGGCUCCACAGCGACAGGCUUUACGGCUGCAGCAUAAAACUGACGAGGGUGAGAAUGUUUGAGUUGCCACAAGCAAUUUGAGGCUGAGCAUCAUUCCUAAAAGCCCAAUUUGAAGAAAUGCUGUGAGUAAAGAGUGCUGUAUGAUUUAUGGUGUUGUAAAAUCUUGUAAAUGAGGUUGACACAUGAAACGAGGUGCUAUGGGGCAGUUUUGCUGUGAUGCAAAGUCACCCAUGAUUGAUUUGGGGUCUAGCCAGUGUAAACGCUACUGUUUUCCACAGAACUGGCCAAGAACUGAGCUGCUCCAUGUGCUGGACUGUGGGACGUCUGAGACCUCACAGAUGGUAAAGGUCUAAGCCAUGUGAUAGAAGUGAACCAAAUAGCCAUUUUUAUACAGCUGUCACAUUUUAGAUUUUAAUUGUUAGAUUAAAAUCUUACUAUCAAGAGCAGGACAGUGAGAAUAAUCACAUCUUGCUACUGUGUUUUAUCAGGCAUAUGAGGCCAUUUGCCUGCUUAAUAUAUGUCCAGAAGCCAAUAAGAACUGGAGCCUCAAGUCACGUCAUUGGAUAGGAGAAAGUAUUGACUGAAAUAAGUUUAAUCUUGAAUGCAUCCCUAUUCCAUAUGUAGUUCUAGAUACAUCCCUAUUCUUAUGUGUAAUGCACUAGGACUUGGGUCAGUUUCAAAUAGCUCCCUACUUUCUAUGUAGUGCACAAUGACUAGGUUUGAUCUCAAAUGGCUCCCUUCUUUCUGUGUAAUGCACUAUGAAUAGUGCCAGUCUCAGAUAUAUCCCUAAAAAGUGCACAAGGACUAGGUUCUAUCCCAUAUGCCUCCCUUCUUCCCCUGUAAUACACUAGAACUAAGAUUAGUUACAAAUGCCUCCCUGCUCCCUAUGUAGUGCACUAGAGCUUGUUAAAUCCCAAAAGCCUCCUUACUCCCUAUGUAAUACAAAUUGUUACCUACUUCGUAUGUAGUGCUCUAGGACUAGGGUCAAUCUCAAAUGGCUCCCUAGUUCCUAUGUAGUGCACUAUUAAUAGGAUCAGUCUUAAGUAUACCCCCAUGUAGUGCACAAUUUCAAAUGCUUCACUACUUCACACAUGCAUCACCCUAGGACUAGGGUCAAUCCUAUAUAGCUCCCUCAAAUGGUGCCCUACUCCCUAUGUAGUGUACUAGUUACAAGUGUCAGUCCAAGUCAGUACUAGUCAAUCUCAUAUUCCUCCCUACUUCCUAUUCCCUAUGCAGUGCACUAAGACUAUGGUCAGUCUCAAAUAGGUCCCUCCUAUCUGUGUAGGGCACUAGGUCUAAGAACAGUAACAUAUGACUCCCUACUUCCUGUGUAGUACACUUGGACAAGGAUCAGUCUCAAAUGGUUCCCUACUUCUUAUGUAAUGCACUAGAACUUAGGACGGUCUCAAACUGGGUACCAAUCUGUUGUAUAGGUAAAUAAUAAAAUACCAGCCCCUGCAUUCAAACAGUGCGCUACAGUUUAAUUUCAGCAGGGAUAUGUCUGGCCUAUAGAUGAAUAAAAUAUCAUAAUCUGUUACUAUUUCUGUGUCAACAUCAUUAUUUCAUGACCUACCUAGUGCACUACAAAGGAAAUAGGGAGGGAACAGUCUGAGAUUCAGUCUAGGUUGAAAGAUACUGAUUUAUUUAAUGAGGUAUUGUGUAUACUCACAUUUACAAGCUGAAUUCAUGGCCCGUUCUUGUUUAUAUCCUUCUGUAGUUGAUGAUACACAUUGACACACACACACACACACACCACACAAAAUGGAAUCCGGGAUUCGUCUAUUGCUUGCAUGAAUUUGCACUAGUGGCCAAGGAAGCUGUUAAAUUAUUUUGAAGAUUUUACUGUAUUUGUUAUCAAAUGUUGGAAGCUGAAUAAAAAUUUGAAGAAUAAAACCUUUUUAUAA